CCCGAAGAAGAAGCAGGAGUCCGUGAAGUGGGAUCAAAGUUGGUCAACAAUCCGCCAGAGAGCUGACUCCGACCCGUCCAAACUCCUCCAGCGAGACCCGCAGCUUCCCGGUUCAUCCACACACACUUCGGAGCCGAGAGAUGCCGCUGCUCCACAGGAAAGCCUUCGUCCGGCAGAAACCCCCAGCGGACCUGCGGCCGGACGAGGAGGUGUUUCUCUGUAAAAUCACCCACGAAGUGUUCAGGACCUACGAUGAGUUCUUCGAGAGGACCAUCCUGUGCAACAGUCUGGUGUGGAGCUGUGCGCUGACUGGCCGAGCGGGCCUCACCUACCUCGAGGCAUUGGAGAGCGAGCAGCGGGCAAAGCAGAGUCUGCAGAACUUCCCUCAGGCCCUGGUGGUGCCGCUGCUCCACCUGGCGGCUCUGAGCCACCGCUGCCGGCUGACGGAACUCUGCGAGGACGUCUACGGCUUUGUCAAAGAUCGCUUCUUUCCUAGGGAGAUUGUGGAUGUCAGUAAACGCAACGGAGCUAGGCACGUGUGUGAGAUCCUGCAGGUGAUCUCGCCUUAUUCCAGUGCCAAUGGUGCUCCGGUCUCUAACGGCCACCCCAGUCCGGCUGACGUGGAGACCAUCGUCAUCAGUGACAGCGACGACGAAAGCAACGCCAUGCAGAGUCUCAACGGCAAGAAGAAGAAGCAUCUGAGUCCGUCAGCAUUUAAAUAUAAAGUGAGGGUGAUGAAGGAUGAACACGGCGAGCAGUUGACAGUCAAAGCCAACCAGAUGAGUCGCAGGAAGUCGACUCUGUCCAGAGAGAGACUGAAGCUGCUCUUCAAGCAGCACUGUGAACCUCAGAAGGGGAUUAUCACACUCAAGUCCUCCACAGUGAAGAAGUACCGGCUCCACGAGCAGGCCUUCUCCCUGUUCUUCCCUGAUGAGCCGCCUCUCUUCCCCUUCAGCUCCCCCUCUAACGGUGGGGGCCGUGGCUCACAUGGACAGCCAAGUCUCAUGCCUCUAAAGGCAAUGGAGGAGAAGCUGAAGCUGCUGCAGAGGAAGGAGGAGAUGGCUACUGCAGCUCACGACAAGGCUCGACUGAGGCGGGAGAGGGAAGAGUUGCAGGAGGCCAAACGGAGGGAGAGGGAGGACAAGGACAAGCUGAGGGAGGAGCACCGGCGGAGGUUUGAGGAGGAGAAGCAGAGGAAAAGGGAGGAGAAGGAGCUCAGGAAACUGGAGCGGGACAGGGAACGAGAGAAACUGAAGGAGGAGAAGAAGAAGUAUGCUCAACGACUGAAGCUGUGGAACAAACCCAGAGAGGACAUGGAGUGUGAGGACCUGAAGGAGCUGCCCAGUCCGGCUCCAGUUAAAACCCGUCUUCCAGCGCAGCUGUUUGGAGAAGCUCUGAUGGUUCUGGAGUUCCUGCGGGCCUUCGGGGAGGCCUAUGACUUAAAGGAUGAGUUCCCUGACGGCAUCUCUCUGGAGGUUCUGGAGGAGGCUCUAGUGGGCUCGGAUCCCGAAGGUCCUCUCUGUGAACUCCUCUUCUUCUUCUUGACGGCCAUCUUUCAGGCUUUGGACGAGGAACAGGAGGAGGUGGCCAAAGAUCAGGUUGAAGACCUGUGGGAGGCUCUAGAUGAGGACUCUGACCCGACUUGUUCGGUUCUGAGCGCCGUGGCCUCGCUGGCCGCCGCCUGGCCUCAGCUGCAUCAGGGCUGCAGCCUCAAACAGCUGGACCUGGACAGCUGCACGCUGUCGGAGAUCCUGCGCCUGCACAUCUUGGCCUGCGGUGCCAACUGUAAUCAUGGCAACGCCAAGUUCCGGUACCAGAAGCAGGGCGGGUUCACAGUAAUGGAUGAUCCGUGUGUAGAACUACAACUGACUGAACCAGGGCUGCUGAAGAAACUGUCGUGCACACCUGUGUACGACCUCACCCCAGAGGAGAAGCUGAAGAUCCUGCGGGCUCUGCUGGGAAAACUCCUGACUCUGGCCGCCAGCAGAGAUCUGAUCGAGGACGGAGUGGAGGAGCAGAAGGCUGCUCGGCAGGAGCUUAGAGAGGUCCGGUCUGAACAGCACCGCCGAGGCAGGGAGGAGGCUGCACACAGGGUUCGUCUUCGGAAAGAGGAGAAGUUGAGGGAGCAGGAGCAGAGACUGAAGGAGAAGGAGGGGAAGCUGAAGGAGCAAGAGGCAAGACUCCAAACGAACGGUGAGAUGUCUGCAGAACAUCAUCCUAAAGUUAACGGAGAGGGGGGAAACUCUACAUCCAACACCAUGAUGAAAGCUGGAAGCAGCCAGAAGGAAAAGCAGAAGAGCUCUGACGUCAAAGCCCCAUCUGGACCUCCUCCCAGCCUGAGUGCAGAGGAGCUGGAGAAGGAACAGGAGAAGGUUCGGGAGCUGCAGGAGCGGAUCCAGAAGGCCUCGGCCUGCACCUGCCUGCUGUCCCUGGGAAGGGACCGGAUGUACCGGAGGUACUGGAUCAUCCCCUCCGCCUCCACUCUGCUGGUGGAGGACGACUGCUUCGGCCUGACAGAAGACAUGCUGCAGCCAAACCCACGGCCUGCUGAGGACCCCACCGCCAAGAUGGAGGAUGGAGGUGAAACCUCCAGUGAGAGUGCUGGUUCAAGCCCCGCCUCCCUCACCUGCGGAUCUCCAGUGAACCGUCCCAACCAGUGGUUCUUCUACAGUUCGUUGGAGGAGGUGGAUCAGCUGAUCGAGGCUCUGAACCCUCGAGGUCACCGAGAGGGCGGUCUGAGGGAGGCGCUGCUGCAGGAGCGAGAGCGGCUGCAGCUGCUGCUGGAGAACUGCAACUGCAGCAAGUACACACAAUCAGGUGACGCUGAGCUGUCAGAAAUGAGCGCUGCAGCUAAAACGCAGAUGGAGGAACGACUGAGAGACCUGCUGCUGGACCUGGAGGAUCGCGUCCACCAGGGGACUCUGGGAAGUCUGAAAGUGAUGGAUAGACAGGUAUGGCGCUCGGCUCUGGAGGCAGGAGACUACGGGCUGCUCGGCUCCGACGGACAGGUGGAGGCCAUGGAGGUGGAUUCCCUGUUCCCGAGAGCCAGAGACAGGUGCAGUGACAGACUGCAGGAGCUGAAGUCUGACGGCUCAGGUGGGACCAGCAGCAGCACUCCUCAGGUGGUCAGUGGCUCCAUACGGGUCCUGGCUCAGGCCCUCGGACACAUCGAGCAAGGCAUCGAGAGGCGCUUCCUCAAAACUCCCCUGGGUGAUGAAGACUCAAAGAAAGACCCGAGGACCAAGAAGAAUAAGAAGAAAGAGGACGACCAGGCCAGUGACGAUGGCGGCAGCGACGGCGGUCGUGUGGUGAAGACGGUUUUGGAGCGAUGGAGGGACUCUCUUCACUCGUGCUCCAGCCUGUCUCAGGUUUUUGUCCACCUGUCCAGUCUGGAGCGCAGCAUCCUGUGGUCCCGCUCGGUCCUGAAUGCCCGCUGUCGCAUAUGUAGACGUAAAGGAGACGCAGACAACAUGCUGCUGUGUGACUGCUGCGACCGUGGACACCACACCCACUGUUUGAGGCCGCGCCUCAAGUUUGUUCCAGAGGGCGACUGGUUCUGUCCAGACUGCCGACCCAAACAGAGAUCCAGCCGUGUUCCAUCCCGACAGAGGUCCUCCAUCGAGGAGGAAGAUGAAGACAAUGACGAAGAGGAGGAGGAGGAGGAGGAAGAAGAGGAGUCUGAAGAAGAGGAGGAGGAGUCUGAAGAAGAAGAGGAGGAGGAGGAGUUGGUUGUGAGCACCAAGAAGAGCCCGGCUCCGCCCCCCAAAGGAAAGAGCACACAGGCCACGCCCAAAUCUCAACAGAGCACGCCAAAGAAUGGCACCGCCUCAUCGGGGAAAAAGCCCCCCAAGAAAACACCGCCCACGUCCAAGGCAGACACCACCACCCAGGGCAAAGCUCCACCCCGAUCAGGGGGUCGGAGCAGCGCACGCCAGAGCCAGGAAACCUCCCCGGGUCAGAGCGAGGUCCACAAGAGACCGGCAGACUCUGCCCCUCCUAAAGUCUCCCGAGCCAUCCUCCCCUCGUCACCGCGGCCCUCCUCCUCCAACCGUCGCUCGUCCGGGCGGAACCAGGGCGUCCAUGAGCUGUCGGCCUGCGAGCAGCUGACCGUGGAGCUGGUCAGACACGAGGACAGCUGGCCCUUUAUGAAGCUGGUGUCCAGGACUCAGGUUCCUGACUACUACGACAUCAUCAAGAAGCCCAUAGCUCUGAGCACCAUCAGAGAGAAGGUCAACAACUAUGAAUACCAGACAGCAGGUGAAUUCAUCUCGGACGUGGAGCUGAUGUUCUUCAACUGUCUCCAGUACAAUCCCCGUCACACCAACGAGGCCAAGGCCGGCCAGCGCCUGCAGCAGUUCUUCCACUCAGAGCUCAGGAAGCUCGGCCUAUCAGAGCGCUGCUCUGCCCCACCCACCAAGCGCUCCCGGCAGUGACACCAACGCUCUCCUGCGGCCUCUGGUGGCCGGAGGACUCAUAUUUGUUUAGACUUGACCUGAGAACCUGAGAGCUUCAUCGGCACGUUGUAGACAGACUGCUUCGUUCCAGAGUUUAAAAGUGGUCUUCCUGCGACCUGUCGGAUUUCAGGGCAUUUACUUCCUGUCCGUGUGGACGGACACACAGACCCGUGGUGCUGUAGGAGGGUAGAAGCAGUAGAGUUAGUUCCUCUGAUGUUCUCCUUGAUCCCAGAAAAGCAAAAACCACUGAAUAAACUUUGCACUGACAGUAAAAAUAAACCUAGAAUAAACCUCAGACCGGGCCGCCGUCACCUCAGGGACAGAACCUUCCAUCCCAACCCAAGAGUUUUGUAUUCGUGCCGCUGCCCGUCAGGUUUAGAGCCACAGUAAGGCCGUUGCUGCUGGAGCGGCUUCAUGCGGACCCAAACGAGAAAACGUGACCAAAAAAAUAUUGAGUUUUCUAAUUUUGUCAAGUUAUCGUCAAAAUUAAACUGAGGCAGAUUCCCUUCGUUGUAUCUGACCCGACUGCUGCGGGGAGGGUCUCAUGACCUGAAGGACAGAACUGUGGUCACAUGACCCAGCUCCCUUCUCCAAUGGUCCCAGACCGAGGAGUUGCUGGUGGUUCAGCUCAGAGAAACCUAAAGGCUGAGCAGGAACCAGGAACCGGACCACUGGUCUCAGUCCAGAUCCCCCCCCCCCGUCGGUUCCUAAAGAGGACCGUUUCAGACGGCUCGUUUUUACGAAGUAAAACUUGUUCAUGAUCGUUGUCAUUGCAGCUCUGAGCCAAGUCUUUUCUCAGGGUUUUAUUACGCUGCAAAUAAAAAGGAGCAAAUACUGAUUUAAAGUUUUUAAAUGUUUCAGAGAAAUUAAAUUUCCUCAGGGACUUGUUCUGACUGGUGCAUCAGCUUCUACAACCAAACCCGUCAUACAGCUUCCUCCUCCGCCCCGGACUUGUGUAAAUGUAUCACAUAUUUGAAAUGGAAGGUUUUAUCACUCGACAGAAGAAACUUCUGUUGGUUAUUUUUGAAAAACUGCGACUGGCAGAAUAACCCGUUCAUUCAUCUUCACAAAGAAAUGUCAGGGAACAUAUAUUUACAUGGAGGAAUCUGUUACCUGGAACGCUGCUCGGCUAGUUUGAUGGAACAAACCUGAAGCCGUCCAGGUGGACAUUGGGUCCAACCUCACUCACCUGUCCACCUGCAGAGUUUCACAGGUGUUUAUUCCACUGUUCAAUCAUACCACGAUGGUGCUGAAGUGGACCGCUCUGAAAUGUUCGAGACCGUAGGGCUACAAUCGAGCUGCUGCAGCCUCCGUCCAACUGUUUUGUCUUGUUUUUGACUGCUGUAACUGUUCCAGCUUUACUUUUUCGUACGUGUGUGUGAGUGUAGGUGUGUAUGUGUGUGUCAGCUGGGUGACACUACACUGGAGCUGCAGCAUUCUGUAUUUAUUUAGUUGAAGCCUCUGCAUUGUCUUUAUUUAUGACGGCGUCAUGCUAUCAGCAUCCUGUUGUUAUCUCACCUGUCUUCGUUCUGGUGUUCAAAUAAAUAACGUUUUUAUAAGCAGCUGCA